CGGGCAGGGGUGGCCCACGGGCGGGCGCGGGGCACGUCCCCGAGCGAAGACCGGGCCGGGGGGGCGGGGCACCUGGGGGGAGGGGAGACAGGUGGGAGGAAGGGGCCUCCUUCCUGCCCCGCGGAGCUCGGGGUCCUGACCCUGGCGGGGUUGUGGGGGGAACACCCCCUGGGAGACCUGCCUCCCUCCGGCUGGCCGCUCUCCGGCCUCAGUUUCCCUGCCUGUGCAAGGAGGGCCUGAUCUCAGUUUCCCCAUCCGUAAGAGGAGGUGUGUUUGUAGAAGUCCAGAGGUCUCUAGAUGCCCAGAAACCUCCGUCGCCCCGAAGUCCCAGGGACCAUCGGCACUCUGUCCGUGACUCGGGACUAGCCUGACCGUCAGGAUCAUUCAUCCUUUCGGGGUCCCGCAGGCCCAGGGGACUUCAGGGAGUCACGGAUAGCGAGACCUGGGCAUUGUAUUUGGGCGGCAGCCUCUCAUCUUUCCUGUCCCUAAGGAGCCCCGUCAAGAUGCGAUCUGGGGACCGAGCAACAAAGGCGCUCUCGGCCCUCUGUCCGGGGAAGCCGUGGGCAAGGGCCCACCCCCAGCUCUGGGCCCCGGCCUCUGCUCUGUGAGCGCCCAGGGAGAGGAGAACAAUCCUUUUGUUUGACCCCGGUGCGGUCCCACUGGUCUGGCCCUCAGUUUCUUCAUCUGUAAAACGAAGACCCGGUAGUCACAGAGGCUGAAGGCUGUACAUUGUAGGCAGCUUCUAAUUGCAGGGUUCUCUCUGUAACUCCCGGUUAGCUCAUAGUCUGAGGGUGGGUCCCAGGCUGUAGAAGCAGACGGUGAAUGCCGGGGAAACUGACGGGGGCUCCAGCUCCGGGAAAAGGGGAGGGGAGUGUCUCCUGAAGGACUUACCGCUUGACCCAGAGGCCUUUAAGGCUGGGCUAGGGGCUGGGGAAUGGGCCUGAGGCUGGAAAGAGAAGUUAAGCCUUGAUUGUAGAAGCCUUGGAUGCCAAACCCAGAAGUUAAAAGAUAGGGACAUUCAUUGUACGGGGCACAUAGUAGGCACUUACAUGCGAACUACGUUUGAAUAGAUUUUGACCUUUAUCCUGUGGGCCAUGAAAGAUAACAUCAAUAAAAUUUCAUUUAAAAUGAUAAUAACAAACAGCACACACAAAAUGUUUCACAGAUAUUUCCCCAUCAGACUCACCAUCACUCUCUGACACAGCCCGAUAUUAUUAUACCCAUUUUAGAGGUGGGGAAACUGAGGUUCAGAGCUGAAGGGGCUUAUCUAGAGCCCAGAGCCAAUGUGAUACUAGCCUGGACUCCAUACCGGGGAAGCUCCUGGGAGAACACGUUGGAAGUGGGGAGGGAGGUCCUAGCACACCCCUGGCCUGAGCCUGGCAUCGGGACCCAUUUUAGAGUCAUCCGCCAGUCCGUGCCAGAAGUGACAUCUGAACUCGGGGCUCCUCAGACUCUGCCUUUGGGGGCGGUAGCCGGGCGGCCGGGGGUGGAGGGCUGGCGUUCGGGAUCCCCGGGGGUAGCCCUGCCGCCAGUGCUCCACCCCUCCCUCCCGGGGCUUCUCGCCGGGCGCAGACCCCCUGGGGUGAGCUUUGAGAGACCCCGCAGGAGAUUGGGGCCUCCAGGUGGGACCCCCGGUCUCCCCGCCGGGUUUCCCAACUUGACUUUGCUUCCGAGUGUCUGUUUCUGUGCGAACCUGGCACUUUAAAUCCCGCUCGGUCCGCGGUGAGGAGGGGGGUGGAGGUAGGGGCGAGUUCAGGGAGUCUCGAUAAGAAAUUCCCGCGGAGGACGGGAUUCUAUCCCCCUCCCUCCGCGCAGGAGAGUGCGGGCUUAGGAACUGGAGGACGCUCCCUGGCCAGCUCGUGCUCACCUCCCCCUCCCCCAGCAUCCCCGCAUCCCUCCACCUCCCAGCCCCGCCCCUUCGCCGAUGUCCGUCCAUAUAUGGGCAUGGCCCCGAACGGCGGCCUCUCAUUGGGCCGUACCGUCAUGCGCGAGUCUGUCAACAAAGGGGCGGGGGUGUGUGUGGUGGCGCGGGCUCCCGGGACAGCUCGACUUUCCACCCUUCCCUCCUUCCCCCCUCCCUCUCGCCUUCCUUUCACUCGCUGGCUGGGCGAGAGCCAGGGCUCCUGGAGAGCGGGAAGGGGGCGUGGCCUCCCUUCCACUCUUAGCGCAUGCGCUCUGACUUUGCACGCUCUGAACCGUAGUUGAGCUGGGCUGCGGACCAGCGGGUCUCCUGCAGGCAGUGGCGAGGGGUCUGCGUUCGGAGAUCCGCGCCCUGAGCCCCCCUGUCUGGCUGUGUGACCGUGUACAACUCAUUGCCUCUCUGGGACUGUUUGUUCAUUUGUAAACAGAAGGAUCGGUCUAGAAUUGUUGAGGUUCAGAAAGGAGACCCCAAAAGGUUGGGGUCGCAGACUCUUGUGGAGAGGAGUCGUUUGAACUCAUCUCCAAGUCAAGGGGCGACAUUUAUUGUAAUUGUAACAGCAAUUGAAGCAGUUCCAAAAGGAUGUAGCAAGGAACCAAGAAAAAGAGGACAGAUUUCUAGGAGAAAGUUAGACCAGAGCUUAGGUUACUUGUUUGCUAAUUUUAUGGUUUAUAGGUAGGUUGGAGGGUGGUCUCUUCAUUAUCGUCUCAGGAGCUUGGUUGUCACCGACCAACAGAUUAGCUGACAAUCAGUAAUGUUUGUAGAACCAGCCGAAGGCCAGAAGACUUUACAAUCAUUGAGGCGCAGAUUGUUAGAACAAUAGCACUCUAAGGUUGAGGGAUCUCAGGAUAACAGAUUCUAAAGCCUGAAGACUUUAGAAUCAUUGACAGAAGGUUAGAACAGAAGCACUCAGCUCAGAGAACCUGUUAUGUUUCCCUAGAAGCUGUACCCCAUCAGAACGACCUCCCCUUGCUCUGCCAAACCUCCAAGCAUCUGUCUACAAUUAGGGAGGAGUCUGGGCCUCCUACGUUUAUCUGAUGCCUAAAUUUGGGGGUUGGGAGGCAUGUGGGGUGCUCUGAGGAAAUGGGACCAGGAAGAAGAGAUGUGACCCUCCAGGUGCUAUGGCCAUGGGAAGACCCAGCCUGGGGCCGGACAGGCUGGCAUUAACCACAGCUCUGCAGGCCGGGUGCUCUCUCCCUCCUCCGUUUCUCCCCUCCUACUACACAGGAGUAGAAUGAAGUUAUAUCCCAUUUCCUUAUUGGGGCCCUUUCUAGCUCCAAGAGUCUUGACAAAUGCAUGCUCUCCCUCUAGUUCCUUCUGACCAGUGGGCCCUGGCAUCCAUAGCUGUGGGCAGUGCUGGAAAUUCUUGCCGGGUUACUUGAGGAGUGUGCUGGUGCAGCGAGCCAAACUGGGCUACAGCAGAGGGGGUGGGGGGUGGGAGCGGCAGCCACCGAGGAGACAAAGGGUUCAUGAUGCAGUGGAAGGGGCCUUGGAGGCAGGAUAGCCCUAAGGAUCCCAUUGCUUAGUGACUUGGCCAAAGCAGCCCCUUCCUCUCUAAAAGAAGGGGUGGGGGUGGGGACAAGCUGUACCUCAGGUUUCCUUCCAGCCCCAGUCUCUGAUCCUUGAGCCUGGCCCGUUCUAAUGAUCCUCCUGGCUUUGGUUCCAGGGAUCUCAGACAUGGGCAGUACCUGAAUUUCCUCUCUAGCAUCUCUCUCCAACCUCUUUCUAAUCAUCUCUAGGGAGAGGGAAAGCCUUAUGUCUCUAAUCCAAUUAUUUAUCACAUUUAGGGCCAGUUUGGGGUUUUUCCUUUUAUCUGGCCUAAAGCUGCCUCUUUGCAACAUACACCCAUUGAUCCUAGCCUCAGCUGAAGACAUCCCUCCCUCCCCCAAGCCCCCAAGCCUUUCUUUCUCCAGCUCAAACAUUCGCAGUUCCUUCAGCUGCCUGGAUCAUUUGGUCAGCCCCCCAAAUUGGGGGCUCCCCACACCGCCCCCAGAAAUCCUACAGGAAGAAUCACUGGGUAAGCCCAAGCAUAGAAGGCCAAGGCCAGCUAAUAAGCAAGCUUGAAGCCCCUCCCCCAACUCUCGGUGUCAUACAAUUUCCCCAGCGCCGCUGCUGCCACUUGCCGGGCUUCUCCGGGGCUCUGGAGUUCUAUUUUAGGAGUUCAUCCAACUUGGAGACUUUGGAGGCCGUUUCUUAAUUUAAAGGGGGAGGGGCAGGUCCUUUCCACGACGCUAGCAGAUCCCUCUGUCUUUCCUCCACAGGUGGCUCUGGGCGCCUCCAUCUUCACCCGCCGGGUCUUCAGCAUGUGGUGACCCUCACCUGGCCCAACAGCCAUGGACCCCAGCAGCCUCUCUCCAGUCCAGCUGUGGUGCCCUCGGCCCUUCGGUACCUACUCUCAGAAUCAGCCCCGCUCAGCCACCCCCACGGCCCGCAAGCCGCCCCCUCCCCCUGCCUGCCCCGAGCCUGGGAACGGUAGCAGUCUGGGCCCCGCCGAUGGGCUGGUCCGAUCAGAGAAUACACCUCCGGCCCCAACGGCCCCCGCUCCCCCCCUGCUUUCCACGGCCCCCGGGGAGGAGGGCCGCGUCCUGCUGGACACCUGGUACGUCAUCAAGCCGGGCAACACCAAGGAGAAGGUGGCCUUUUUUGUGGCCCACCAGUGUGGGGGCGGAGCCAGCCGGGCCAGUGCAGGCAAAGUCAAGGGCCACUGGGGCAGUGACAGUUCCAAGGCCAAACGGAGGCGGCGCUGCCUCGAUUCCACCAAACCUCGGCCCAGCGCUGGGAAACCGCCUGAUGUGGUCGGAGAGGAGGACCAGCAGCUGGCUGCCCCUGCCGAGGCAGCCGCCGGCGCCCCAGAGGACGUGGACCUGCUCUCUGUGGCGGAGAUGGUGGCCCUGGUGGAGCAGAGGGCCGCUCUGGCCCUGCAGAGCUACCCCCGAGCGGGUGCCCCCACCCCUGUGGUAUUCGUGUCGGCCGCCGAGCAGGGCGCGCAGGGCCCCGGCGGGGAGCGGCGGCCCGGCAGCGACUGCAGCCGCGUGGCCGAGGCCGUGGCCCACUUUGAGGCCCGGCGGGAUGGGCCGCGUAAGGAGGAGGUGCGCCCGGGGGACGCCGGUCGCAACGGAGGCCCCGGAGAAGUGCGCAUCGCCUUUCGAAUCUCCAGCGGCCGCGAGUCCCGCUCCCCCGAAGGCGGCCAACCGGGGGCGGGUUCCGGCGGCCGGCCGGGGUGCACUUACGCGGGAGGGCCGGGCCCCAGCAGCCGGGCUCAGGACAAGAUCACCUGUGACUUGUACCAGCUCAUCAGCCCGUCCCGGGACGCCCUCCCCAGCAAUGUGGACUUCCUGCUGGCCCGGGCGGAUGAGGCUGGGGACGGGGAGGCUGCCGGAGCCGGCCGCCCCGAGGGGCCUCCCGAGCGAGCAGCUGCGGGGGACAAACCCCCCGCCCCUCCCCCACCCCCCGCGGGCGCCCGGGAGUGCGGGGGAGCCGGCGCGGCCGGCUUCCACGUGGACGUGGUGGUCACGGGCGUGGUGGACGAGUGCGUGUUCUUCGGCAAGGACGGCGCCAAGACGGUGAAAGAGGAGACGGUGUGUCUGACCGUCAGCCCGGAGGAGCCGCCGCCCCCGGGCCAGCUCUUCCUGCUGCCGGCCCGAGGGGAGCCGGCGCCCGAGGCGCCCGCCGCCCCGGAGGCUCCGGCGGCCCCCACGCCCGAGGGCAGCGAGUCCGAGGCGGCCGCCGCCGCCCCUGACGCCUCCCUGUGCCGCCUCUACCACCACGUGUCCCACGACUUCCUGGAGAUCCGCUUCAAGAUCCAGCGCCUGCUGGAGCCCCGCCAGUACAUGCUGCUGCUGCCCGACCACGUCCUGGUGAAGAUCUUCGGCUACCUGCCCACGCGCGCCCUGGCCGCGCUCAAGUGCACCUGCCACUACUUCAAGUGCGUCAUCGAGACGUUCGGCGUGCAGGCCACGGACUCCCGCUGGAGCCGCCACCCGCUCUACCGGGACGACCCCUGCAAGCAGUGCCGCAAGUGCUACGAGAAGGGCGACGUGUCGCUGUGCCGCUGGCACCCCAAGCCCUACCACCACGACCUGCCCUACGGCCGCUCCUACUGGAUGUGCUGCCGCCGGCCCGACAAGGACACGCCGGGCUGCAGGCUGGGCCUGCACGACAACAACUGGGUGCUGCCCUGCCACACGUUGGCGGGCUCCCGGCCCGGCCGGGAGGACGCCAGGUGAAGGGGGGGGAGGGGGAGGGAGCGCCCACCCCCCCCCUCCCAGCCCCUCCCCGACUUCUUUUUGGCUUGCCCUGCUCAACACAAACUAAAAACUCAUCGCGGCCGAUCAAACUGGGAAUGGAAGAGCCUACCCGAGUGCCCAUUGGCUCUUUGUCACUUAAGCUCCACCCCGUCAACUCGAGGUCUUUCUCCGGCCCCUGAGGGUGUUUUGGGGCCCGGGAAUGGAGUGGGGCGUCUCAGAAUAAUGUGUUGUCUUCAUCUCAGCCCCUCCCAGCCCCCUCUCCUUCUCUGAUCUGGACUCCCCAGACGGGGAUGAUGCUGGGGUGGGAGCCAGGGGCCUGUCCCCUUAUCAGUCUCUCCCCACAAGGGCCCUACCAGCAGAGAGUAGCCUGAGGCUUGGUCCACGCCCCCUCACCCACAUCUGUCUAUCUCCUCCGGUCCUCAUUGUCAUUUCUCAGGCCUUUUUCUCUCGAUUCUCCUGUCCCUGGUCCCCUAGACUGCUUGUUACCGUCACUGUCCCUCAUGUCGGCUCUACUGGACCUCUAGCUCCUCCCAACCUCCCCAGCGAUGUUUCUCUCCAGUCCCUGGAAGAGACAUUAGCACCAUUCUCUCCCAGAUCUGUCUCAUCCAUAAUCUUUCCCUUGCCUCUUCCUAGGAUAGGGAAGAGGGGAAAAAAGUUCUUUUUGAAAGAUUUGAAUCCAUUUACCCCUCACCACACAAUUUAAAGCAAGCCCCAAUCCCAAAGCUGUGAAUCCUUUCUGAGAGUGGUGGGUACCCUGAAUUGGAAUUUUGGGGUUUCCCAUUUCUACUCAGAGGAAACUCUGGGGGGCUCUGGUCCUCUCUUUGCUUCCUUGGCUCCCAGAAGAAAAAAAAAAAAAACAGACUCCUGGGUUUCCUGGGGAAGCCGGGAAUCCAAUCUGGGACAUUCUCAAUUUUUUUUGUUUUGUUUCGUGGUGGGUUUUUUUGUUUGUUUGUUUGUUUUUACAUCUUUGUGGUUCUGAAUGCUUCUCAUGUGUGGCAGUUUGGCCGGUUUGGGAAUCGGCCCUUUCUAUAAAGCAACUAUUUAUAA